UUUUCAAGAUUUUUCAAGUUUUCAACAGGACUGGAUUCUUAAAUUGAAGAACAGAGAAAAGAAGGAUAGAGACUCAUCUCUCAUCGUAAACUGGUACUUAUUUGCGGAAGAUGCUUGUCUCGAGGACUUGUCGACUCCGAGGAGGCAGUUUUGGUAAUGAACACAGGUCCUCAUUCAGUCAGUGCUACAGCAGCAACAAUACCAACUCUCGAGACUCCGCAGGAAAAUUUAGGGAUCGCAUGUAUAAUAUUAAUAAUGAGGAAGUUAAUUUUGCUCCUGCUUUAAAGAAGAGAAAAUUUUCAGACUUUGGUUGGGAAAACUGUGGGAGAUACUAUUGGCAGCCUGGAACAGUUAGCGAUGCUCCAUCAACCAGCAAUAGUUCGUUUGUUGCCCCGGACACAAGUGCUCUGACAUAUACCAGCCAUAAACGUGACUACUCAAAAUUAGAGGAUGACAUAAGCUUUAUGUCAAGGGAUGAAAUUGAGAGAUGCUCUCCAUCAAGGAAGGAUGGUAUCGAUUUGGUUAGAGAAACACAUCUACGUUACUCGUACUGUGCUUUCCUUCAGAAUCUUGGAAUGCGGCUGGAACUACCACAAACAACCAUUGGAACUGCCAUGGUCUUAUGCCACCGGUUUUUUGUCCGAAGAUCUCAUGCAUGCCAUGAUAGAUUCUUGAUUGCGACUGCUGCUCUGUUCCUAGCUGCAAAGUCUGAGGAGACUCCACAACCUUUGAACAAUGUAAUGAGAGUAUCUUGUGAAAUUUGUCAGAAGCAAGAUCUUUCCUAUAUGCUUCCCGUUGACUGGUUUGAGCAGUACAGAGAACGGGUGAUUGAGGCCGAGCAAAUGAUCCUGACAACUCUAGAUUUUGAGCUUAAUGUACAGCAUCCUUAUGUUCCUCUUACAUCUGUCCUUAACAAAUUAGGACUUUCACAGUCUGUUUUGGUGAACCUGGCACUGAACUUGGUGAGCGAAGGGCUUCGGAGCUCACUUUGGCUUCAAUUUAAACCCCACCACAUUGCUGCUGGAGCUGCAUACCUUGCUGCCAAGUUCCUCAAUUUUGAUCUCACGUCGUACCAAAUUAUUUGGCAGGAGUUCCAGACCACACUGUCUAUUCUUAAAGAUGUAGUCCAGCAGUUGAUGGAGCUCUUUUAGAACACAAGAUGAGCAGUACCUCAGUGAUUCAUAAGAAUGUGAGCAUAUUUGUGUUUUGUUUUAUUAAGUGAUGGAAUACACCUAAUGAGUUGAAUGGUGAUAAAAUUUGUUCAUCUACUCAGUUGUUAAG